AUGGUCUCUUUCGACGUGGUAUCUUUGUUUACCAAUGUACCCGUUGAAGCAGCAUGUGAUGUCGCCCUCCAGCGCCUGGAGGCCGACGCUAGCUUACCCGACCGUACCGAUCUUUCUCCUACCCAGGUCACUGAACUUCUUCGUUUCGUGUUGAAGUCCACGUAUUUCAUGUACGAUGGACGCUUCUAUGAACAGCAAGAAGGCGCGGCCAUGGGUAGCCCUGUUUCUGCUGUUAUUGCUAACCUUUACAUGGAAUCCUUUGAGGAGGAUGCGCUUCACGCUUGCCCACCCGAAUUCAGUCCGAGAAUUUGGAAGCGCUAUGUUGAUGAUACUUUCAUUGUUACCGACAGGUCUACAACCGAUUGCCUAUUGAAUUACGUGAACGCGCAGCAACCGUCUAUCCGUUUCACUAUGGAGAGAGAAGACAAUAACCGCAUUGCCUUCCUUGACACUCUUGUACACCGGGAUGAUGAGGGCCGCCUCACCACUACAGUGUACAGAAAGCCUACGCAUACAGAUCAAUAUUUAGCGUACGAUUCGCAUCACCCCCAGUCCGUCAAACGCGGGGUAGUCAAAUGCCUUUAUGACCGAGCAUCACGCAUUGUAUCGAAACCACAAUGCACCGCCGCUGAGAAGCAACGCAUUGCUUCUGCACUCGUUUCCAAUGGUUACCCGCGCUCCUUUCUCAACCGUGUAACUAAGAGAAAGAACGUCGCUGAAGAAGACAUUGUGCGCUGCAAGUCUACCGUCGUACUUCCGUUUGUCGAUUCUAUUUCCCGCCAACUACGCCGGCACUUAGAGAAGUACAGCAUACGCGCGGUUUUCAAGUCCGACACUACUAUCCGUAAACAGUUAGUGCGCCCCAAAGACCCCGCGCUGCCCGGCAGACUCGAUGGCGUUGUUUACAAGAUACCAUGUGGGGCUUGUGACAAGGUUUACAUCGGGGAAACGGGCAGACCCGUUAACGAGCGAAUGCUAGAACAUCGCAGAGAUGUCAAGCACCGACGCAUAGAUAGUUCGGCAGUUGCAGAGCAUGCUUGGAAUGCAGAUCACCCUCCCAAUUGGGACGAGGUUAGCUGUAUAGCGCGGGAUAAGCACUGGUACACACGGCGUGUUAAAGAGGCUAUCCAAAUUCGUCUUCAUCCCAAUAAUGUGAACAGGGAUAACGGCAUUGACAUCCCUGAAGAAUGGCUUCCGACCAUUCGCCGACAUGCGCCCCCUACGACCGCCCGUAGUUCACCGGUUGACCGCCCUCCGACGUCCGCAUCCAACCCCAUUAGUUUUUGCACAGCUACCGCGGUUCACUCCUCGACGUCCGCAAAUUGCCCGCUUUCUACGCCGACUGCAGCCGACGGGUUUUCCCCGACGUCCGCAAGCCCCACGGCGAUCGCACCGUCCGCGGCUUCUGAUUGGUCGGUUGCGCCGACCAAUCACACCACGGCGGUUCCGGCACCGACGGCCCGUAGCCUACGGUAUAAAAGGCGCGCGCAGCGAGUGUCCACUUCAUUGCCUGACGAAGACUAG